CCACCAGCGGCCUCUGUGGACGUUCACGCCUCACACCUCACUACCACUGCCGGCCGCCCGUCUCCCGCCGCUGGGCCUCGGCCUCGGGUCGGGUGUUCGGGCCUCUCUCCCCCUCCCUCUCCCGGGCUGUGGCCGAGCUCCCCGCGGUUGGAGUAAGGCGGUGCCCGGGAUGGAGCCGCCCCACGCCGGCGCCCUGACCCGGGACUGUCUGAUCCACAUCUUCACCUUCCUGGAGGCCGCGGAGCUGAGCCGGGCGGCGCGGGUUAGUGAGGCUUGGAAUGAUGCUGCGGAAAGUAGCUGGCUGUGGAGAAAACUAUGUUUGGUGCGAUGGAUCUUCUGCAGUCUCUCCAACGUGGAAGAUGGGAUAAAUUCCUGGAAGAAGUAUUACAUUCAUCGUUCCAAAAUAGAGCAGCACAUGGCAUCAGGGUGUGGGGGAGCUGAUUACACAUGCACAACCUUCAGAGGCCACCGUGGUAGGAUCACGGGAUUGCAAUACUGGAGUAAUCCUGACAAUCCGUUUGACACAAUGAAUGGCAAAUCAGUGGUUUGUACAACAUCUACUGAUUGUACAUUGCGUGCAUGGAGCAUUCAAGAGGGUAAACAAGUAUGGUCAACACCAGUACAAGAAGAACCUUUGGUGAAAUUAUUAACCGUUCCACAACAAGGCCUUGUGAUCACUGCAGACUCUAAGGGCAAUAUUAAAGCCUGGAAUGGACGAACUGGAGAGGAAUUGGCUGUUUUUGCAACUUCAUGCACGGUUUAUAAUUUGGUGGCGUACAAUAUGGACACCCAGCACUGCUUAAUUGUUGGAACUGGGGAAGGAACGCUUAUCACUUUAACCAUACCUCAACUUAACCAGAUUUCUCGCUUGUCACUGAUUGAUGUGAACCCAGUGGAUUUUUUACUGCUAUCACCAGAUCAUAAAUAUGCCAUCGCUGGUUCAAAAAGUAAUGAAGUCCCCACUAAGGUAUUGCGGACAGAAUGUUUAAUGGAUGGUCUUGAUGAUGACAGACUGGCAACAGAUUCCCUACAAAUAAACAGUUGCUUCACAGCUUGCUGGUUACCUAAAGCAUCAUCCAGAGUGGUUACUAUGACCAAAACCAAUGCUGUGGGUUUUCAAAAAAGUAUCAUUACUUUUGAUUUAAUGUGUCAAACAAGAAAAAAUAAAAUAGAAAUACAAGGUAAACAGGUUGGAAAUUUCACUUAUGAAGAUGCUGGCUGGAAUGAUAUAUUUCUGGAAGGCCAUGGGAUUAAUACAAUCAUAAUCGCACACAACACAGAAAUGAAACUCUUUUCCAUUGAUGGGGUGCAGCUUGCAAGUUAUCAUGAACAUAAAAAUACUAUCAGUGGAAUUUCUGUGGAUCCUUUCCGUGUGGUUACUGCCUCAAUGGAUUUGUCUCUAAGAGUAUAUACGUGGAAAAGACAGCCAAACAGAUGUCUCAGUCUUGAAAGUAAUUACCAUUUGCUCGGGGGAUCCCACAUGAGAUCCAGGGGUUUUACGAAUGUUGUCUUUGACCAUGGGAGCAUUGUGGGUUCUGUUCAAGCACAUGAUGGAAAAGAUGUUCUAAAAGCGUACAACUUCAACGUGUAAGAUACUCUUCUAUCUCAAAGCCUUGCUGCACUCUGUAUAGUGUGGCAUCAUUUAGUAUUUUUAUUCGUUUGCAAAGUAACUGAUACAAAAUCAAAAUGUUACCUUGUAAAAUGUGCAAAACGACUCCAUUCCACUAGAUGUGUACAUUAUUACCUGAAGUUUUUGUGUAACAUGAAGUGUCAUUCUUUUCCUUUGUCUCUUCCUUAUUCCAAAUGUUCUAUCUCUAACCUAAUUGGUUUAAUUUCUCACCCCAUAAAUCGCAUUGGUGCGCACUGGGGUUGAUUUUAUAAAGCAAGGGACUGUUGGUGUAAAUCAGCACGCACAGAUGUAAAGAUUGAGACUUGAAAGCAAGUUAGAAUAUGCCUUGAAGAGUUUCUUGAGACGAUGCAUGGAACAAGACCAGAAGCAAUCAGAAUGUGGUCAAGUCCAGAAUAACCAAAGGCUAGAAUUUCAAUGGACGAGUUGGUAAUGGUAGUUUCUUAGUGUAAUCUAUCCAAUACAGUGGAAAACAUUAUUUUUAGCCAGUUAAAUCGUGCCACACAUGAAGUGAGCUAAUAAUGGAUCUGGACAGCAUUGUAGAAUGGGUAAUAAAUGGUUUAAUUAUUGAAGAAGCCAGUGAAUGAAUGAAAAAGCUCUGUACUGUACACUGACAAUGACAAUUAAAAUUGAAUCUGAAUCUGAAUGAAUGAAAAAGCUGGGCUGCAUCAUGCACUACAGUUGUGAAUCAUAUGGCCUAGUGUCUGAUUUUCUGACCAUCCAGCUGGAUAGGACCAUGGCCUCUGUGACUAAUCUCACCUACUUUUCCACCCAACCCUUCACCCAUUCCCUCUCAGCAAGAAUCGAUCUUAAAUUAAAUGCAUUAAAUAUUCAAUAACUCCUUUGGGUGGAAAAAUUAAUUACUCUCUUUUCGCCCAUUUAAGAGUUUCUAGUUCUAGAUUCUCCAAGAGGAAGCAUACUUUCUACAUUCACUGCAGUAAGAACCCUCAGGAUCUAUAUAUCU